AUGCAGCUUCGGAAAGAUCACGUGGAGAAUAGUAUUCGAGUACUUCGUCAGCUCAUCAAGGACUAUCCCCUCGGCGUCCUUACAACAGCUAUACCGUCGGCCGAUCACCCUUUCAUCCAGUCUAGCCACAUCCCCUGGGUAUUAGAUGUCGAAGAUGACUCUAGCGAAACCGAGCUCGGCGUCCUGAGAGGUCAUGUGGCGCGCGCAAAUCCUCAGUGCAAGGCGAUGGUCGAGUCACUAGCGGCAGAAAACCGGACUGGGACCGGAAACGUUCUCGAUCAGGAGGUGCUGGUCCUCUUCACCACGCCCGCCCACUCCUAUGUCACGCCGAAAUUCUACGUUGAAACCAAGCCAACGACGGCCAAAGUCGUACCGACCUGGAACUACGCCGCGGUGCAGGCGUACGGUCGCGCCAAGAUCUUUUAUGAGUCCAAAGCCGAGGAGACGUCGAGUUUCCUGAAUAAACAGCUCCACGAUCUCUCACAAUUGGGAGAGCAGUCAAUCAUGAGAUACACUGGUCAAGACGGCCGUCCUGGGCCGUGGCAAAUCUCGGAUGCCCCGCAACGGUAUAUUGAUCUGUCUAAAAUGGCUAUCAUUGGCAUUGAGAUCACCAUCGACAGGCUGCAGGGCAAAUUCAAGAUGAGCCAGGAGUUGGGCGAGGGUGAUCGCCAAGGUGUUGUCGAGGGAUUCAAGGCGUUGAACUCGGACUUGGGCAACCAGAUUUCAGCCCUGGUAAAGGAGCGCGGUGAGUUGAAGCAGAGAUCUAAACAAUAA